AUACAUGGGUUUCGUCCCUCCAAAAGCCGGCCGUGCCGUGUCCAUUCUUGUUGCCGCCCUCUCAGCUCCCGCUACCGACCAAUUCUAUCCAGCUAAGAAACUCUAUUUACUAUGUCUUCUCUUUCAAAACAAAUUGGACCUUUUUUUAAACCCAACUUUUCCUUUCUUCUGACCUCUUAUGAUCACAAGAAAGGCGAGAACUUUUGUGCGUUCUCUCUUUGGAUGAUUUUGUGUGCCAGAAUCUUACGUCGCCGCCUUUCCCUCUGGCUGUGGCAUUUUUUCUGGUGACAGCUAACAUUUCAAGGGAGAUAUGGCUAGUGUUCAAGAUAUUUCUGUUUCAGCUGUGAUAAACCUACUAUCCGCACUUGUUUUCCUUUUGGCCUUUGCAAUUGUACGGCUUCAGCCAAUCAAUGACAGAGUGUAUUUCCCUAAAUGGUAUUUGAAGGGUAUACGAGCAAGUCCUAGAAGUUCUGGAGCAUUUGUGAAUAAAUUUGUAAACUUGGACUUCAGAACAUACAUUAGGUUCUUGAACUGGAUGCCUGCAGCUCUAAAAAUGCCAGAACAAGAGCUUAUAGAUCAUGCUGGUCUUGAUUCUGCAGUGUAUAUACGGAUUUACCUUCUUGGCUUGAAAAUCUUUGUUCCUAUCACAAUGCUUUCUUUUGCGGUUUUAGUGCCUGUUAAUUGGACUGCUGGGGAAACAUUAGAGCACAUUGAGGAUCUAACGUUCAGUAAUAUUGAUAGACUUUCCAUAUCCAAUGUCCCUUCAGGAUCACAGAGGUUUUGGGCACACGUGAUGAUGGCUUAUGUAUUCACAUUUUGGACCUUCUAUAUUUUGUACAAAGAAUACAAGACAAUAUCAACAAUGAGACUGCAUUUUCUUGCCUCUGAAAACCGUCGGCCUGAUCAGUUCACGGUCCUUGUUAAAAAUGUCCCACCAGAUCCUGAUGAAUCAGUGGACGAGCAUGUUGAACAUUUCUUUCGUGUGAAUCAUCCAGAUCAUUAUCUUACACAUCAGGUUGUUUACAAUGCAAAUAAGCUUGCUGAAUUGGUGGAAAAGAAAAAGAGUUUCCGUAAUUGGCUUACGUACUACCAAACCAAGUAUGAGAGGAACCCUGUGAAGAAGCCAAAAAUUAAGACAGGCUUUUGGGGCCUUUGGGGAAAAUCCGUGGAUGCCAUCGACUAUUAUAUGACUGAAAUUGAGAAGUUGGGCGAAGAAGAAGCUGAAGAAAGAGAAAAGGUUAUAAGUGAUCCCAACGCAAUCGUUCCUGCAGCAUUUGUCUCAUUUAAAUCUCGUUGGGGAGCAGCUGUAUGUGCUCAAACACAACAAUCAAGAAACUCAACCAUUUGGUUGACAGAAUGGGCUCCUGAACCACGUGAUGUCUAUUGGGAUAAUCUUUCAAUACCAUAUAUUCAACUUGCUGUCCGGAGACUGCUAAUGGCUGUUGCUUUAUUCUUUCUUACUUUCUUUUUUAUGAUCCCAAUUGGAUUCGUUCAAGCAUUCGCAAGCAUUGAUGGCAUCAAAAAGGUUCUUCCGUUCCUGAAGUCAUUAAUCGAAAUGGAUGUUGUCAAAUCAUUUGUCCAAGGUUUUCUACCCGGGAUUGUAUUAAAGAUAUUUCUGAUUCUUCUUCCUAUGAUUCUUAUGAUCAUGUCAAAAAUAGAAGGCUUUACAUCGCUCUCAUCUUUGGACAGAAGAUCAGCAUCUAAAUAUCAUUUGUUUGUCAUUGUCAAUGUGUUCUUUGGAAGUAUCAUUACUGGUGCUGCAUUUCAACAGCUUCAGAGGUUUCUCGAUCAGUCUCCAACAGAGAUUCCAAAAACUAUUGGUGUAACUCUUCCCAUGAAAGCUACUUUCUUUAUUACCUUCAUAAUGGUUGAUGGCUGGGCUGGAAUUGCUGCAGAGAUCCUGAGAUUGGUUCCUUUAGUCAUGUUUCACAUUAAAAAUACAUUUCUGGUAAAGACAGACCAUGACAGGGAGCAGGCAAUGGACCCUGGUUCAUUAAACUUUUCUGUAUCAGAACCUCGAUUACAACUGUACUUCCUCCUAGGCCUUGUGUACUCAGUGGUCACACCAAUACUCCUGCCUUUCAUCAUUGUCUUCUUUGCGUUUGCUUAUAUGGUUUUCCGCCAUCAGAUCAUUAAUGUAUACGAUCAGAAGUAUGAGAGUGGUGCAUCAUUUUGGCCAGAUGUCAAUCGUCGUAUACUUAUAGGUUUGGUAAUAUCCCAGCUUCUGUUAAUCGGUCUCCUGAGCACCAAAGAUACUGCCAAAUCAACUCCAUUGCUGAUAGUACUUAUAGUUUUGACAAUCUGGUUCCAUAAACUUUGCAAGGGCAGAUUUGAGUCCGUCUUUGUCAAAUUUCCCUUGCAGGAUGCAGUGGUGAAGGAUACAGUAGAACGGAGUACAGAACCAAACUUCAAUUUGAAAGAAUAUCUACAGGAUGCUUAUUUGCACCCUGUGCUCAAAGUGGUUAAGUUUGAAGUAUCAAAAGAAAUUGAUGAGGAGAAUCCACUUGUUGCUACCAAGAGGACUUCCCAAAGGAGUAGUAAGACUGUCUCUAAUGGCACUGCUGAAGAUGGUCUCUGAGGCAGGGGUUGUAGAGUAAUUUAAUUCGUAACAAAAGCAGGUAAGAAUUACAGUUAAAAUGUUCAUUUGUUUUAUUUCUUACUACUAGAGGCCUUCUAUAUCAGAAUGUCAAAAACAAGGAAGGUUAAAGGUGGCAGUAAAAAUGUAAUGUGCUACUACAUAUGAUCAAAAUGUCCAGAAUGUCAUUUGCUGGCUGCUUAAACUCGCAUAGCUACUCAUGUUGCUCUACUACACUGUAAAUGCUUGUAAAACCUGUGUUGGAACAGGUGUUUUGUUGAAACUAUAGAAAAAGUAUGGGUGAAUUAGUUAAAUGGCCUUGUAUAAAGACCAAUAGAAGUUCAUGUCUAGUAGGAUUAAAGUUUUUAGUUAGUGGCCCUACGGGUCCCAAGAACUUAUAAAGAGGGGACACAUCAGUUUCAGAGCACUUCUGAUUUUCUGAGAUAUGGUGUAGUGAAUCGCUUAAUUGAUUUGGUU